GAUCUGUCAUUUAACUAAUUUCACACAUCUGAAACAUAACCUAGAAAUCACAUUAAAAGAGAUAGUAACAAACUCACGUCUUUUUAUAGUUUUUUUAAGUAACUUUAUUUUUAUUUAUUAUUUCCUUAAUUCAACAGAUCGAUCUUAGUCUAUGUGCAUAAAAAGCGCAUCAUUUAGGUUGAAAGUGAACUCAAAUAUUGUAAGAAAUGGAACAUCACAGACUUACUUCGUUAACCAUGAAACGGGAUUUAAGCCUUGGCGCGAGUAAACCAAAGAAAAUAUAUAAACCCAAUUUAAAUGUGGUCCGAAAUAAAGAUAAAUCAAAAGAGAUGAUCAAGUUAGUUCAAGAACAAGUCAAACAAAAACGAGAUCGACACGCUAAUAGGCAAAACUUUCGCAAAGAACAACCAAAAAAUAUUCAAGUAUCAGGGGUGUUUUCUCAAGGUUUUGGGUCUGGGGAGCGACGCCAAACAAGUGGGUUUGAACGAAGAGAUUACACUAGAGAUGUUGAUACUCAAUCAGAGACACCAAAAAUUAAGAAAAAAUGGACUUGGGAGAACACAGAUGAUGAGAAAAUGGAUUAUGAUCCCCUUGUUAAUAAAGAUGAUGACACAUCUGAAGAAGAAGGCGAAUAUCAACCUAUUAGAUUACCUCUACAUGCUAAUAAUGGUAAAUAUAUACAGGUGAGUUAUUGGUAUCCCAGCGGUCGAUAGUUACUAAAUUGUAUGAGAAAGAAAAAAGUGUUUUAUAUAAAAGUUGUUUGACUCACCACUUGCUAUUAUGUAAAAUUAAAAGAUAUAGAACAUCAAGUUGC